GGCUCAGAUAACUGUCUUUUUUUUUUCUCGGAGGAUGUGAAGAGUCAGACGAACUUUUUCCACUGAACAGAACCAUGGCCAGAGGUCGACAGGCUGAUCAGGAGCUCACUGAGGUGUUGAACCAAAUCUGGCGUCUGGAUGCAAACCGCCUCCGUCCAGGAACCGACUACAUCAUUUCCCUGCAGGGCAGGGCGGGUUACGUCGCUCAGGGCAGCAACUACGCCAGAGACCGGGCCAGAGCUCCACUCUUCACGUACGUCAACGAGGACAAGCUGAAGGGCGUCGAGACGUACGCUCAUUUCAUCAACUUGCUGGACAACUAUGAGAUGUCCACCGGCGUGUCGGAGACGGUCACCUCACAGGAGCUGAUGGAGAACAGACUGUUCAUCGACUCCAUCAUGGAGACCGAAGUCAUGAAGUGUGCUCACCAGUAUCUGGUGAAGAAAGGCCAGUCGCCAUCAGACACCGCCCAGUUCAAGAAACAGCUGUAUGACAUCUGGUUCCGGCUUUACCACCGGGAGAGGGGAGGCGGGGAGGACUCCUGUGGAUUUGAGCAUGUGUUCGUUGGAGAAACCAAAUACGGGAAGGAGAUCAUGGGUCUGCACAACUGGGUUCAGUUCUACCUGCAGGAGAAGCACAACCACGUCGACUAUAAAGGCUACAAAGCAAGAGACAACAAAGAUACGCCCGAUGAAGACGACCACGUCCUGAACCUGCAGUUCAGCUGGAAAGGUUUGGUGAAGCCGGUCGGCGGCUCGUUCAUCGGCGUCAGUCCAGAGUUCGAAGUCGCUCUCUUCACCAUCAUCUUCCUUAUGUCGACGGAGAAGAUGACGUCCGUGGUGGUGAAGGUGGACGAGUACAUGCUGGAGCUGGUUGUUUAUCGUCACGGCAGAUCCAUCGGCACGUCCUUCCCCAAACUGCUCAGCAGCAACAACAGGGAUCUGUAACGUCACAGCACCUGAGCUUACAAGUGUUUUCCAUUCAUUUCUAUGCUGUGUAAUCUCAAAACUCAACCUGGAUCAGGUUAUAUUUGCACUAAACAUCAGGCUUUAACUAUCCUUAAGAAGCUGAGAUAUUAACCUAAACACCCUGAUCUUCAUUCAUAUCAUGGAAAGAAUAAAUAUCGUUACCAAACACAUUUCUGUCAUAUUCUGUAAACAGUUAAAAAGUGAAUAAAAUGUCAUUUGUUUACAAAAUA